GCGACGGCGUCGGGCUGACGUUAUUAAGGCGCGUCUUGCCGCCGCCGCCGCCGCCGCCGCCCACUGCUCCCGUGCGACUCCGAGCAGGCAUGUGCCAGGUUGGCGAGGACUACGGGGACGCAGCGCCCGAGGGGCCGCCGCCUCCGCGGCCUGGCCGUGAGCCGAAGUGUGUGAAGUGCAAGGAAGGCCCGCCGGUGGUGGUGAUCCGAGCGGGAGACGCCUUCUGCAGGGACUGUUUUAGGGCCUUCUACGUCCACAAGUUUAGAGCCGUGCUUGGGAAGAAUCGGUUGAUCUUUCCGGGUGAGAAGGUGCUCCUGGCGUGGUCGGGGGGGCCUUCAUCCAGCUCCAUGGUCUGGCAGGUCCUUGAGGGCCUGAGUCAAGAUUCUGCCAAAAGACUGCGUUUUGUGCCAGGGGUCGUGUAUGUGGAUGAGGGGGCAGCUUGUGGCCGGAGCCGGGAGGACAGAGCAAAAACCCUGACCGACGUGAGGCAGAUCCUGCAAACCCUCGGCUUCCCGUGGCACAUUGUCACCUUGGAAGAGGUGUUUGCUCUGCCGCCGUCUGUGCUGCGCUGCUCUGCCCAGGACCCAGUGGGGACCGUGGGGACCUACAAGGUGGCUGUGGACAGUUUUCUGCAGCAGCAACGUACGCUGGCGGCUGAGGGGCUCAGGGGUAGCCCCAGCUCAGCCCAGGGGGAGGAACAGCCGAGCCAGCCCUGCACCCAGGACUCCCAGGACCCGGUUGGGCCACCGCCAGCGGCCCAGACUGAGGCUCUGUCCCAGCUAUUUAACUCUGUGAAGACAUUGACGGCCAAAGAGGAGCUUCUGCAGACCCUGCGGACCCACCUGAUCCUGCACGUGGCCCGGACCCAUGGCUACUCCAAGGUGAUGACAGGGGACAGCUGCACGCGCUUGGCUAUCAAGCUCAUGACCUGCCUGGCGCUGGGGAGAGGGGCCUUUCUCGCCUGGGACACGGGCUUCUCGGACGAGCGGCACGGCGACGUGGUGGUGGUACGGCCCAUGCGAGAGCACACGCUGAAGGAGGUCGCCUUCUACAACCGCCUGUUUGCCGUGCCCUCCGUCUUCACGCCAGCCGUCGACACCAAGGCUUCCGAAAAGGCCAGCAUCCACCGGCUGAUGGAGGGCUUCCUGCUCCGGCUGCAGGCCCAGUUCCCCUCUACGGUCAGCACCGUGUACAGGACCAGUGAGAAGCUGGUCAAGGCCCCGAGGGAUGGCUGUGCCGCUGGCCCCCGCUGCCUGCUCUGUAUGUGCUCGCUGGACGUCGACAGUGCUGAUAGUGCCACAGCUUUUGGGGCUCAGACCCAGGAUUUCUCGCAGACGCCGCCCCCCACCCCGCGAGCUAAGGCUGGGGCACCUGCAGGGCCCUGCUGUGCUGCAGGCCUGGGCGGGGCCCCGAACUGUUGGCAGGGGACCAGGCCCUGCGGGAGGGAGGGCUCCCGAGCCCGUGUCCUCGAGCACCUGUGCUACGCCUGCCGCGUGACCAUGAAGGACGUGCCGUGUUUGGACCCCCUGCCCCCUUACAUCUUGGUUGAGGCCCAGCUUCGAAGCCAGAGGCCCUCGGCGGAGAUCCAGGAGCAUCUGGUGGAGAACAGUGACGAUGAGGCACCCGCCAGCGGGAGUGGAGCCCGGGGCCCCCCGGAGCAGGAGGGCAAGGAGGCGCGGGCAGCACGUGAUUGUAUAAAUAAAAACUUCUUUAAUUAGAAAA